GAAGUUGUCCUCAUAUUUUCUUAUCCUGAUUUCUCCAACAUUACUCACUCUGUCUGAGACAGAGAGAAGCAUGGCCGCCACACUCUGCCUUUCCAAACUCCCCCACCUCCCACCUCGGCGACUAAUGCCCCACAUCCAAUCCAAACUAUCCCAAACCUCCUCACACCAACAGCACACUCCCCAAUUACUUCAUCACCUCAAAUCCGUCUCCCUCCCUCUCACCGCAAUCACAUUGCCUUUCUUUCUCCCCCCACAGGAUGCAUUUGCGGUUGGCGGAGAGCUUGGGAUUCUGGAAGGAACAUCUUUUGCGUUGAUUCAUCCGAUCGUGAUGACCGGCCUCUUUGUGUACACUUUGAACGCUGGAUAUCUCGGGUGGCAAUGGAGGAGGGUCCGUACGAUUCAGGACGAGAUUAACCAGCUCAAGAAGGACCUUAAGCCGGUCGCUGACGGCUCUCCGCCGCCGCCCUCGCCUCUCGACGCCAAGAUUCAGCAGCUCACUCAGGAAAGAAAAGAGCUAAUCAAAGGGUCAUAUAGAGAUAAGCACUUCAACGCUGGAUCCAUAUUGCUCGGGUUUGGAGUGUUUGAAUCCAUAUUUGGAGGGCUCAACACAUGGUUCAGAACCGGAAAACUAUUUCCCGGACCUCAUCUGUUUGGCGGGGCAGCGAUAACAGUAUUAUGGGCAGCCGCAGCUGCAUUAGUACCUCCGAUGCAGAAGGGAAGUGAAACUGCCAGAAAUCUUCACAUCGCACUCAAUCUGUUGAAUGUGCUUCUCUUCAUCUCUCAAAUACCUACUGGAAUUGAUAUUGUCUUCAAAGUCUUUGAAUUCACCAAAUGGCCUUGAAUACUUCUAAUUCAAUUAUGUUAAUACUUUUCUUGUUUAUCACAUGAGUUAUGUAUGUUUGUAAACCCGGGUAUACUGACUCGCACUUAUUGUAUACUUUUUAACUGUAAAUUUUUUUGUUACAAAUAUGGUUCUUAUUUUUA